AUGGAUCCCGAGCAGAUGAAGCUAUUGUUUCUUGGCACGUUUGCCAUAAUCAUAUCAGCUAUGAAAAUCCCCUUCAGAAAUCCCAAUUUCAUAACCUUCACUUUGAUUACCUCAAUUCCACUAUUUUUCAUAACGUUACUCCCACAACUACCUCUUGUUCAGGACCAGAUUAUUGAUUUUUCCAUAGAGGUAUUAGUGAAGCGAAAAAUUGUUACUUACAGCAGCAUAGAGACCACUCAGGAAGAUUUGUCAUGGCCUGAAGAAUUGACCAUUCAGUUUCUGAAAAUGUACAUUGUUGACAUGGUCAACUUCCUCACUGCAUUUACAACCAUCUAUGCUUCCUCAACAAUCCAUACUAGUAUUGGUGAUCACAAGGCCUCAAUGAGUGUCACAGAUCUUCUGAAAAACUCCAUAACCAAAUCAAGAUGGCGCGACGCUGUUUUCAUGUUCAUUGCCAUGUCCAUGUUGCACAGUGUCUGUUUACCUUAUGUGUUCUAUGCUAUUCAUGUACAACCUGCUGUGACAUUUGCUAUAUGGGUGGAAUACAAUGCCUGGUGGAAGCUAAGUGUUGUUGUGUCCAUUUUAGAGUUACAGCAGAGAGGAUUUCAAGCAUUUUCAACCUCAUCACAGUUGAUCAAAGGAGAUAAACUACGAGGAUUCGUGUUGAUGCUUCUUCUGUUGUAUGACUUGGCAAGGAGUUUCAGCACCAUAAAGACCGUUCGAGCUGUAGAAGUAGAACCCCCGAUUCCCAAGGUGUACAUUGGUGACUUGAUCAACUUCCUCACUGCACUCGCAACCAUUUGUGCUUCCUCAACAAUCCACACUACUAGUGACGGUGAUCAUAAGGCCUCAAUGGGUCUCAGACAUCUUCUGAGAAACACCAUAACCAGAUCACUUGGGCGCGAUGGUGUUUUCACAUUCAUUGCUAUGUCUAUGUUGCACCAUAUCUGUUUACCUUAUGUGGCCUAUUGUAUUCAUGUACAACAGCUGCAUUUAUCAAGCUUUACAGACAGUUUGAUCUUCAAGUCUGUACAUGUUAUGGUUCCUGCUGUGACAUUUGCAAUAUGGGUGGAAUACAAUGCCUGGUGGAAGCUAAGUGUUGUUGCGUCCAUUUUACAGUUAGAGGAGCAGAGAGGAUUAUUUCGAGCAUUUUCAACCUCAUCACAGUUAAUGAAAGGAGAUAAGCUACGGGGAUUCGUCUUGAUGCUUCUUCUUAAGAGCUUGGAUUGGCCAACCACUCGAGCACCGAGUUCUAAUUUGCCAAUCUUCAGAGGACACAGUCUUUUUAAGUGCACAAAUUUUGCACAUGUUUUUCUUCAAGCAAGCCUAUUGUGUUUGGGGAAGGUCAUGACUUGGAUGGUUUUCACAGUUUAUUACUUUGAUUCAAGUGAAUUAGUGAAGGGCUUGGAUAUGGAAAGCAACCAUAUCAUGUUGAAGCCAAAGAUUGGAGUUUUUGAUAUACUUAAAGAAUCUCUGUAUUUAAUCUGCAAGAGCCACACCUUCAUUAUACUCACCUUUCUCACAUCUCUACCCUUUUUUUGUUUCUCAAUUUACUAUGAGUUGCACCUGCAAAGAACCCUUGUUCAAAUCCUGCAGUUUCUGAAACAAAAUUCUGAUUUUUUCAACUACAAUUGGCAAACACAGCUCCAUACUACAACAAGUUGGACCCAGAUGUUAUCCAACAACUUGAUACAACUGGGACUUCUUUAUCUGAUACCUCUCCAUCUCCUAGAGCAUUGCAGUGCUUUUGUGAUCGUCGAUUUGGCCUCCAAGUUAGAAGGAAAAGGGAAGUUCAGGGAGGUCUCCGGCAGUGACAGUGUUACCAGAGCGGUGCGCUUUAGAGGAACUCUUGUCACAUCCAUCUGGGCAGCUUGCAUGGCACUGCUAGCAAAUUACUUGGAAUGGGGUGCUAUAUGGAACAUGAGUAUUGUGAUCUCAAUACUGGAGAACACAAAGGGGGCUAAUGCAUUGACGCUCUCAGCCUAUCUAAGCAGAGGUAGAGAACGGCGGCAAGGGCUUGUUUUGACACUUAUUUUCGGUGUUUGGGGAAUCGGUUUGAAGCUGACAUGCCUCUUCUUCAAACACUAUGAAAGAAGAGGAGGAAUUGUUGCUCAGAUUGGCCUCAUAUGUACUGGCAAUGUGGUGAAGUGGGUUGCAUACAUGAUUUAUUACCAAUACUGCAAAAAACUGAUUUCAGAGAAGAGAGUUGAUGUGGAAAUCGGACAAGUAGUUGAGAAGUAA